AGGUGUGCGUGAUCACUGUCGGGCUCACUUUUGUCGCGACGAGGAGAUUAUUGAUUAUUGGCAAUUUUUUGCAAAUUUUGAUAGCUCCAAGAAAAUUAAAAAUGAAUUCCAUAACUGUGGCGUCCCUGGUACUACUCCUGGUCGGAGUUAGUGCUGGACAAAAUUGUGGUUUUGAGGGACACGUUGGCCUUACGACGAUUGAACUACCUCCCGUGGCAGAGGGUACGGGUACCAAUGAGACAAUUGGUACGUUCCAACUUUACGACACGACGUCUACGGCAACGGUGUCCAAUGCGUUCAACAAGUACUUGGGGGCCUUACGGUACUCGAAUGGCGUCUACGUUCUCUACGUAACGGACCUCUUUUCGAGUUUUGUGACUGUCGAAAGAGUCCAAGAAAUCCGGAGGACGGUGAGUUUGACGUGCAGCGAUUCUACAAAUGUUCGAGUAACUUUUGUCAUCCCAGUUCCAGACGUGAAUAAUCAUGCUCCAGCCUUUUCCCAAGACGAGUAUGACGUCUCUGUCUUCCUUCCUCUGAUCCCAAGCGGAGAUUUCACCGUGGUCAAGACCGGCAUCGUGGUUACCGAUAAGGACGUGGAAUUUGCAAAUGCUGACGUUUUCAUUACUUCAAGUUCACGACAUUUUACUGUCCGCUCGACCCUUUUGGAAAGUCCGGCGUCGUUCGACUACCAAGUCGAGUUUCUAGUGGACAACAACCUCGAAGAAGGAAUCUACACCGCACUUCUGACCGCGGAUGAUGGGACCCACAUUUCCACCUCGACCGCCACCAUUACGGUCCACCCACCAGGCACGCCGGAACCUGAGCCCAGUGAACCUCCAACCACCCUCGAACCAGAAACGGAUCCCCCAACCACUGCAGAACCUGAACCAACUACCGCCGAGCCAGAACCAACUACUGAAGAGCCAACUACGGAGGAACCAACUACAGAGGAACCAACUACCGAGGAGCCAACUACUGAAGAACCAACUACUACGCCCGAACCCGAACCAGAGACAACUACUGAAGAGAUACCGGAAGUUGAGCCAACCCACGAUCCAAUUACUACGACAGAAGAACCAGAACCAACUACGGAAGAACCAACUACCGAGGAGCCAACUACCGAAGAACCAACUACUGAAGUACCAACAACGGUUGGUCCUUCUCAACCUUGCGGCAUCGUUGGGAUCGAUUCUGACACCACUGUCACCCUCGCUGAACCCCUCCUCCCCACUUUACCCCCAAGCACUGAAGUUUGGAGAGGAUCUCUGUUCAACGUAAACUACACGACGGCGUCGUCCCACGCGCAUAACAAGUACAUCUCUGCGCUCCGAUCGGGCACGAAUUACUGGUUCCAGGUGACUGCAGAAUACCCCAAAUUUUUGGAGGAACAAGCCACCAACAUUCUUCAGAGAAGGGUCAACUUCUACUGCAACGGGGGCGACGUGGUCCAGUACCAAUUUGGGCUCGAGGUCUUCACCGGACCGGAAGUAGAACCGACCGAUGCUGCGGCCCCGUUUGUGAUUGCGGAUGAACAAGUCAGCAUCGUCCGAGGGGGACGACUCUUCUUGUAGGAAAUUUAUUUUAUUAUGAUAAUACUUAUGAUUUAAUGUUUUUAGAUGAUUAAAUUUUCGGAAAUGUUGAAAUAAAAUUAAAAUUUUAGACGUUUAUUGCAUUCAAAAA